GGUCUUCCACCCUGACUUUUUAUUUAUUUCUUUGUUUCCAGCAGAAAAUAUUACCACAGCGGUGUAUUCCUCUGCGGGACUGUCAAUGUUUCUCAUCCGAAUAAAGACAGAACCCUGGAUCAUACUGCUGUAGGUAUUAAAAAGCCCGAUUUAAGGGGGCGAGGAUGAAGCGGCGCAAUGCGGACUGCAGCAAGCUCCGACGGCCCUUAAAACGGAACCGAAUCACCGAGGGGAUCUACGGCAGUACAUUCCUGUACCUGAAAUUUCUGGUGGUCUGGGCGCUGGUUCUGCUGGCAGACUUCGUGUUGGAGUUCCGCUUCGAGUACCUCUGGCCAUUCUGGCUCUUCAUACGCAGUGUUUACGACUCCUUCAGAUACCAGGGCCUGGCUUUCUCAGUGUUCUUUGUGUGUGUGGCAUUCACAUCAGAUAUUAUAUGUCUGCUGUUCAUCCCAGUGCAGUGGCUGUUCUUCGCAGCCAGUACAUACGUGUGGGUACAGUACGUCUGGCACACAGAACGAGGGGUCUGUCUCCCUACUGUGUCGCUCUGGAUACUUUUUGUUUAUAUCGAGGCAGCUAUCAGAUUUAAAGAUUUAAAACACUUCCAUGUGGACUUGUGCCGUCCAUUUGCAGCACACUGUAUCGGGUAUCCAGUGGUGACGCUGGGCUUUGGUUUUAAGAGUUAUGUAAGUUAUAAGAUGCGUCUCCGCAAACAGAAGGAAGUGCAGAAAGAAAACGAGUUUUACAUGCAGCUGCUCCAGCAGGCGUUGCCUCCAGAACAACAGCUCAUACAGAGACAAGAGAGAGAAGCUGAGGAAGCAGCAUCUAAAGGCAUUCAAGAUGUCGACUCUCCAGCUGUGCAAAACGGCUCAGCAGGCGGUAAAAAACCUUCGUCUAACACGUUUCCAGAGCUGGAAUACAAAGAGAAAGGAGGGGGCAAGAACGAGUCGAAAAAACAACACAACCACAACCAGAACCAUCACAGCAGUACCAGCAGCAGCAGCAACAUCUUGCCGUCAGUGGACAGUAAAGCUCAGGAGAUGGAGUACAUGGAGAACCAUGUGAACAGUAAGAGACUGAGCAGCUCAGAUCUGCUGGGCAGCACUGAAAACCUGCUGAAAGAAGAACACUCAUCAUCCUCCUCCUCUUCCUCCUCUUCCAACUCCAACAAAAAUUACAAAAAUGCCAGCGGAGGAGGAGGGGGUGGGAGCUCCUCGCCCCGGGGGCACGGAACAGCCAACGGCAGCGUGCCGACCUCCUCCGGGCCUUCAUCGGCCUCCGCUUCCUCAAAUAAAGGGGACAGGAAACAGAAGUGUGGAGGAGGGAAGAACUCUGCAAUGCACAGAGACCCCGUGGAGAACUGCAUUCCCAACAAUCAGCUGAGCAAACCAGAGGCACUCGUCAGGCUGGAGCAGGAUGUUAAGAAGCUGAAGGCUGACCUGCAGGCGAGCAGACAGACAGAACAGGAUCUGCGCAGUCAGCUGGGCUCUCUGGGCAGCUCUGAACGCAGCAUACGCUCUGAGCUGGGACAGCUGCGACAGGAGAACGAACUACUGCAGAACAAACUUCAUAACGCUGUACAGGCGAAGCAGAAGGAUAAGCAGACAGUGGGGCAGCUGGAGAAGCGGCUGAAGGCAGAACAGGAGGCUCGUGCUGCAGCAGAGAAACUGUUGGCAGAGGAAAAGAAACGCAAGAAACUAGAGGAGGCCACAGCGGCCCGUGCAGUCGCUCUCGCAGCUGCAACCAGAGGUGAGUGCACAGAGUCUCUGAGGAGGAGGAUAUCUGAGCUGGAGACGGAAUGUAAGAAGCUCACACUGGACAUCAAGGUAAAGGAGGAUCAAAUCAGAGAGCUGGAGCUCAAAGUCCAGGAGCUGCAUAAAUAUAAGGAGAUUGAAAAAGACACAGAGGUUCUGAUGUCAGCACUGUCAGCAAUGCAGGAUAAAACCCAGCACCUGGAAAACAGCCUCAGCGCAGAGACCCGAAUCAAGCUGGACCUCUUCUCUGCCCUUGGAGAUGCCAAGAGACAGCUGGAGAUUGCACAAGGUCAAAUUCUGCAGAAAGACCAGGAGAUAAAAGACCUGAAACAGAAGAUCGCAGAAGUGAUGGCCGUCAUGCCCAGCGUGGUCUAUUCAGCAGAUACAGGCAGCAUGACCCCAGUCACACCCCAUUACUCCUCCAAGUUCAUGGACACCAGUCCAUCAGGCCUGGAUCCAAAUGCAUCUGUUUACCAGCCCUUGAAAAAAUGAAUGCUUGUUACCAACCACAACAGACCUCCUCUCACACACACACACACACACACACACACACACACACACACACACACACACACAGUCCUCUCUGGUUGUUUCUUUUCCUCCAUAGGCCCAGAUUCAGUUCAUCUUUUGGCAUGUCUGUGGCUCAGAUUGCAUUUUUUUGUUUUUCUUCAGUUUUUCGUCUUCUAUUACUACAGCUUCUUGCCUGGUCAGAAGGAUGUUGUAUUGUGUGACUGUAUUUGUUGUAGUAAAAAAAAAAAAAAGACAAAAAAGAAGACUUUUAAGGGACAUCACACUGCUGUUUUUUUCUCUUGUAAAUGUCUAGAAACCUCACAGAAGUCAGUGAGUAUCUUCCCGCAGUCAAUUCAGAGACCUCUCGCUUCAGGUUUUUGUUCCUCUAUUUUGGAUUUCAGCCUUGAUUUACUUUUCGGGGAAGGAAAUCAGGCAAGUGUGAGAUCUGUUGUCCCAGGUGCUCUACCCCAUAUCAGAGGUCAAGAGGAUUUAUUCUCUAGAAUGUCACCUAAGUAACUAAGAUGACAAGAAUGUAAUACAAUGUUGAACUUGUCUCAAAAAACCCAAAACUCAUGUCUGUAUCAAACUGCAAAAUAUGACCAAAUUAACAAAUUUUUUAUCAGUAUCUCAGAAAUGGACAACUCUUGAUUUUCUUGACUUGUAGGACGGUCCGAAGCUUCACCUUCGAUAUGGAUUGCUGUCCAGUUACGUUAUAAACCACACACCACAAACUUGCAGAUUGUUUCUGAGAAGUCCAAUAAUAACAGUUAAUCAGUGCCUUCAUAUGGGACCUCAUUGGUGGAAAUGAAAGACCCCC